CCGUAUUUACAUCGUGGACAGUUGUUUCAUAAAUGGAAAUACAUUGCAUUUUUUUAACUGGUACAGUAACACCAGCUGAACCAUGACAUUUCUUUUUUCUCCGUGCUCAGACAGGAGGGAAUUCAGUGGCCGUUCGUUGACAGGAUAUGGUUUAAAAUUGGACUAAUAUGAGUGUUUUUAUUUGAAUGUACAGUAUCGCUAGCCAAAGCUGUAUCUUUUCUUUAAGGUGUUAAAAAAAAAAAAAAAAAUAGUUAAACCGUCAGAUGUUUCCAUGGAGGAAACAUACAAGUCCAAGUCUGGUUUCAUUCUUUUAAAUAAGGUUUGGUUGGACUAGUAGUUUGACCUCUUGGGACUGAGCUGAGCGUUACCAUGGCAACCACGAGGAUGUUUGGAGCCAGACUCCUCCUCAACCUCAGGGUCUCUCUGCACAAAGCAGGCUCUUUCACCAGAUCAGGGUUUAAACCGAGUUACGUGACACGUUUCGUUAAAAGGGGUCAGUUUAUAACCCACAUACCCAAAGUCACGCUGCUGUGCUGGGGAGCGGCCAGUGCUUCAGGUGCCAGGUGCCAGGAAGCACAACUACCACCCAGGCUUUCUGGCAGAAAGUCUCUAGCCAGAGUCCAGGUCCACAAAGUGAUAUUCCUCCUCCGCCUCAGCCUGCGUGCUUUGGUUCUGCUCCUGAAGUUCAGUCCCCUUCUCUUCCUCUGCCCUCUGGCCCUGGUGUCCAGCCGCUGUGCGUCCUGCUGGCUGGACGCCCUGCUGUGGGUGACCGAGAGCUCUGGUCCCACCUUCAUCAAGCUGGGGCAAUGGGGCAGCACCAGGCGGGACAUCUUCUCCCAGGAGUUCUGUGAACGCUUCUCCAGGCUCCACGUCAAGGUUCGCCCUCACUCCUGGGCUCACACCAAGCAGUGUCUCCAGAGGGCCUUUGGAGACAGCUGGAGGAGGGCACUUGUGUUUGAGAGCAAAGAGCCCGUGGGGUCGGGCUGCGUCGCCCAGGUGUACCGAGGCUGGGCCAGGGUGGACAAGGUGAAGGACCCGGCCUUCCAGUCCUUGAUUGAGGAGAUGGAGAAAGAAGACUUGCUGGAAGCCUGGGAGAUCCCUGGUCUGGGAGGGGUGGCGGGGACUCUGCGGCGGCUUUGGAGGGGCAGGCGGGAGGAGGAUGGCUUUGAGGAAAGAGGUCACCCAGAGGGGCAGCACCAGGAGGAGCACCAGAUACCUGUGGCGAUCAAGGUGGUCCAUCCAGGUGUGAGGAGGCAGGUGGAGAUGGAUUUGCUUAUCAUGAAAGCAGGCAGCUGGCUUCUACACUGCCUGCCUGGGCUUAAAUGGCUCAGUUUAUAUGAAGUCGUCCAGGAGUUUGAGACGCUUAUGACCAAGCAGAUUGAUCUCCGUUUUGAGGCCAAGAACAUUGAACGUUUUCAAGAAAAUUUCCGCAAUGUUGACCAUGUCAAGUUCCCAACUCCAUUACGACCGUUUGUCACCAGGAACAUCUUAGUGGAAACCUUUGAAGCAAGUGAGCCCAUCUCCAAAUACCUGAGCUCUGAGAUUCCUAAGGAGGUGAAGCAGAGAAUAGCCAGAAUGGGAGUUGACACCUUGCUAAAAAUGGUCUUUGUGGAUAACUUUGUCCAUGGGGAUCUCCAUCCUGGCAACAUUCUUGUCCAAUGUCGAGCACCUCUCGCUGGUUCCCCCGAUGGUGCUAGUGUUUCAGGGGAGCUUCAGGGGAAGACCACCCUCACUGACUUGUGGGACACGGUGGUGAUCAGUGUCAGGCCGGACCCGUGUCCUCUCCAGCUGGUGCUGCUGGACGCUGGCAUCGUGGCCCAUCUCAGCGAGCACGACCUCGCCAACUUCAAGGCCGUCUUCACAGCCGUGGUGCUGCGUCAGGGUGAACGAGUGGCAGAGUUAAUUCUGCAUCACGCCAGAGCGAACGAAUGCCAAGAUGUGCCGCAGUUUAAGAAGGAGAUGGCCGAGCUGGUGGACCAUGCCGUCAGCAACACACUCUCUCUGGGGAAGAUACAAGUGUCUGACUUGCUCUCCCGAGUCUUUGGUCUACUCAUCAAGCACAAGGUAAAGCUGGAGAGUAACUUCGCCUCCAUCGUGUUUGCCAUCAUGGUGCUGGAGGGCCUGGGCAGGUCUCUUGAUCCUAACUUGGACAUCCUGGAUUUAGCGAAACCCAUGCUGCUUAGGAACUGUGCAUCGUUGCUCUGACACACCCAGGACAGAGACGUGUCCAUUGUCCCGUCAACAUCCAAGUCCUCCUAAUGCCAGACGGGGUCACACUGACAUUCUGCAUCGUGGAUCAUCAGAUGGUCUCUUUCUCUUCUCCACAUUUCAGCAGCAUUGAUGCCACAUAUACCUCAUUGUGUUUUUAUAUUAGUGGACACAUCCACUUUCAUUCCUUUUUUGUCUUCUGUCUGGCUGGAGUGCAAACAUUUUUGACCUCUGAAUAAACUCUAAUGCACAUGUUUGGCUGUGUUUUAAUGAAUUAAGAUUAUAUGUGUUAUAAAAUAAGCACU